AUGGCAAGGGUGUUGUCUAAGACUGUAUUUGCUGCUGUGAUCCAGCACAAGGUCUUGCAGAAGCUGGGGCGGCUUGACGAGACAGAAGUCGAGGUGGCCGAGAGCGACAAGGCAGACCUCAGUACGAACCAGCCCCUGGCGAUCGAGUAUCACUGGCGUUAUACCCGGUGCUGGAGCAUUGCUGGAGCACGAAUACCUCGGCCUGGACCGCCUCCCGAAAGGCCGUGA